CGUCGAGGCAGGUACUCGCGCACCUGUUACUUACACCGCACACUCCGUUCUGCCUUCAAUACCGACCAGCACGUCGGCGAGUCAACAUCAACACACACCAACCAACACGCGUAUUAAAAACUAUCAAUAAUAAUAUCAAUAUCAACAUUAAAAUUAAAAUUAAAACAAAACACAAUGAAAAAAACAGACUUUUACGAACGCAAUUCUAAAAUCAAGUGAACAAUGUGCCUUGGGGACAUUAUCUUCCACUUGGAUUACUCCUACACGUACUUCAGGAAUAAAUAAUCAACAAGAGUUUUAGAAAUAAAACAGUUCAUCAAUCAGGACGAGUGAAUUAAGAGAUGUUUAGAAAUGUCUCGCUUAACUCUACUCCACCGCGAUCUGAGUCGUCGCAUCGAGUCACUGAAGCAAAUCGUCGAAGCGUCACAAAACGCCAACGUCAACAUGGCUGCCUAUUCAGGUGUACUGUCACACCAUCAAUACAAAAACGUAGGCGAUAUGCAUUCAAUCGACUUGAAUCCCAACACUAACCAGUUAAUCAUCAAAUCCACACGUAAAAAGACACAGAAUUCUGUUAUUGGUAAACCUACCAUCACCCAGCGUGAAUUAGACGAAGGUUUCGAAUCUGAUGUGGAUACCAUCUCUUUGGUAUCCACAGAAUCUACGAUUUCAUUGAUGACGAAAUCUCGGGAGACUGAUUCUGCGAAUGGGAGCGCAUCAUCUGACAGUGAUGAUUCUGAAACUAGUAAAACACAGAAAUUUCCUGGUACCACCUCAAAUUCUACAUCUACAGCUAUUACAACUACUACAAAAGAAGAUGAUAUCAUUACAGAAUAUUUUAAUCUAGUCAACUGUGUCUGCUAUACAGAUUCAGCACAUCCAGACAUUCUAAUCCUCGUGGUUGCCUCACCAUCAAAAGAAGAAGAGACCCUAAUCUUUAAAUUCUCCAAUCAGAAAGAACUGGAAGCUUUUCAUGAGAAUUUUAGUACAGUGAAAGCUGUAUGCAACCAGAAAAGCAGUAAUGUUGGUUGCCUACCUUUUAAUCUCCUCCAGAGGACCGAUUCUGAUGGUAUGACACAUAUUAGGAUAUCACGACAGGAUGAUUAUCAAGAGGAUUAUUCAUCAUUGAUUAGUCUACCUAAUAUCCCACAGGAACCUGUUGUGAAACCUAAGUUUGAAAAGUUUGCCACUAUGGGUAAACCUACCAGGAAACGAAUUCUGAAGAAAUCAAAGUCUAUUGAGGAUUUUUUAGAUUCGGAGAAACCCUUGAGGAAAAUCUGGAACUCCGCGGAGAAUAUUUUAGAUAUUAAGGAUACCAUUGAGACAAAACCCAAGGUACCACCUAGAAAGGGUCGGAAAAAGGGUCCUGCCCCACCUCCACCUUGUAAUAUUACUAAUACUAAAGUUGAAAAUGAAAAAAUUGCUCAAAAUCAUCCAAUAAGCAGGAGUUUUACAAAUCUACACAUUGACGAUGAAGAUAAAUCUAGUUUAGGGUUAGGUAACGUGUUUCAAGGUCAAUUCGUACGUGUGCAGGUAGACCAUACCAGAUCCUUUGCAAAUUAUCCUAUUUUAAACUUCAAACAAAAGCCCACACCGGAAAUAUUGAAAUACGAAGCGGUAAAGACAAAAAACACGCUAAAACCACGAAAUUUCGAUGCUUUUAAGUUUUCUGAUCCUAAAAACCUCACAGGAUAUUACCAACAAAAGGAUUGUGAGAAAUCCAAGGAAAAGGAACAACCUCAUAAACAAUCAAAAGCAUCACGAGGUUUCUCCGCGUUGAAAUUGUAUAUUCCAAUGUAUAAAUCUGUCAAAAAGCCAAUAAUAGUGCAGCCACAGCCACAGCAGCAUUGUAUGCAACCAACAUUACACCCUAAUAGUAAUGGUAACUUUACAAAUCGUUUAUUCGGCAUGUCAAGUAAACUAAAAGAGUUUGGAUCAUUACAAAGUGGAUGUAAUCCCAAUAAACGCUAUGAUCAUGAAGUGAAUCCUUAUGCGCAUCCUGUAAAAGAACACAAUGAUAAAUUCUUAGGUAAACUUUCGAGGUUAGGACGCAGCGGUAGUUUGGGUAAUCUAACUCUGCUUGCACACAAUGAAAAAACACAAAGUAACACACUGAAGAGUGUAAUAAAGAAAAACGUUGAUUCAGGCCGGAAAUUCGGUCGACAGGGAAAGAAAGUCACCUUCAGUGCUUACAAUACUGUUCAAGUUGUUUAGUUUUAAGGUUAUGUUGAGUGUGAAGACAUAUUGAAGCCAAAUUACGCAUAGAAAUUUUACCAGUUUUAGAAUAUUUGUAAUUUUUUAACCUAAAUAUGUAUAAAAUGUGUUUUGUAAUAGAAACCGGAAACAAGAAACAAAAUGGCGUCGUUUUGUUUUAAAUUUAAGCCUAUAUUACCAACAAUUGUAAAACUAUGUAAAUACACUUAUUGUUUGUUUGAA